AUGUCGCGCGCAUGGACGACGACGCUGGCCAGCGACGCCCGAGAGGCGAAGGAGAGGCUGGAUCACAAGCUCAGGGCCCAGAGACAACCUGUGGUGCUCAAGAGGCAUCAGAUGAGCACGCGACCCCCGCCUGCCAAACCGCACGACGACGCAGCGCGCGGCGGCACGGGCGGCGGCGGCGACAGCGACGGUCACCACCGCCACCACUCGGCAACGGCGACGCCCUGCGGCGUGCUGCUGCAGCGGGAGGUGCUGUCGUCGCCGUCGAGGCCGAGGAAGGGAGGAGCGGGCCGGUUCGGCUGGUGUGGGCUGCCCGGCGGACGGUGCACGCCGCCGCCCGAGGCGGACGCGGAGGCAGAGUGUGCGGUGUGCCUGGAGGAGCUCCGCGCGGGGGACGUGGUGGCGCGCCUGCCCUGCGCGCACCGCUUCCACUGGUCCUGCGCCGUGCCCUGGGUCCAGGCCGUGUCGCGGUGCCCCGUCUGCCGCGCCCACGUCGCCACCGGCCCCAGCUGA